CGUUUACGUAAAAGCAGGCGCUCCGGUUUCCCUGGCGGAGAAGAUGGCGGCUCCUGGACCGGGGGAGUAUUUCAGUGUGGGGAGCCAUGUCUCUUGUCUCACCUGCUUAGGUCAACGUUUACAAGGAGAGGUCGUGGCUUUUGACUACCAAUCCAAGAUGUUGACUUUGAAAUGUGCUUCCUCUAGCGGCAAGGCCAACCUGAGCGACGUGGUGCUGAUCAACCUCGCCUACGUCUCGGAGGUGGACAUCAUCAACGACCGCACUGAAACGCCUCCCCCUCUAGCCUCUCUUAAUAUUAGCAAGUUGGCGAGCCGUGCACGGACGGAAAAGGAGGACAAGUUGUCCCAGGCCUAUGCCAUCAGUGCAGGGGUGUCCAUCGAGGGACAGCAGCUAUUCCACACCAUUCACAAAACUAUCAAAGACUGCAAGUGGCAGGAGAAGAACAUUAUCGUGAUGGACGAUGUGGUCAUCUCCCCUCCCUAUCAACCCGACAACUGCAAAGGAAAGGAGGGCAGCGCUUUAAGUCAUAUACGCAAAAUAGUUGAGAAACACUUCCGGGACGCGGAGGGCCAGAAGCCGGUGCCACGCACGCAAGCACAACAAACACAGAAGGACUCCCCGUCUUUAUCUUCUUGAAAAGGGAUGGAGGGAGGGGCGCGUGAGUGUGCGUCUGUGUGUGUGUUGGUGUGUGUGUGGCUGUGCACGAAUGGGUACGCGUGUGAGUGUGCAUGCAACUGUGUAUGUGUUUGAGUGAGAGUGAUUGUGUAUGUAUGUGUUUGUGUGUGUGUCUGUGUGGGAGAGAGAGCUUGUUGUCCCGGCCUUGGAUGGCGAUGACGGGGCCUAACACCGGGAGAGGGGAGCACAGAGGCAGGCAGGCGAGCCGAUGACGAAGACCAUGACCUUCCUUCCCUCCUUCCUUCCUUGACCCCGCCCCUGACCCCCGACCCCCUCCCCUGCUCGUUGACCUCCGACCCCCAGCCAUCCAGCCCACCGCUCCCUGACCCCAAUACCACGCCUCCCCCAGCCCCAUGCAGUCCACGGUGGGCAGGGGAGGGUGCGGGGGUCACCCCCUGGCUAGGCGGUCUGGAAGAUUUUAAUAAACAAACAAACAAAGGUAAAUAAAUGAAUUUAAAAAAAAUUACAAAAACAUUGUAAAAGAUGAAAAAAAAAGAAAACAUAAACAUGAGCCAGAAAGAGAGGACAUUUAGAGGAAAAUAAUUUAAAAAGCAGAACAGAACAGGACAGGACAGACCUAAGACUAACUACUCCCCCCUACCCCACAAAACCCAAUGCCCACCCCCCGUCAUCUCUCUCAUGCCAUUAAGUUUUUUUUUUGUUUUUUUUUUGGUCAUUUAUUUUCCCAAUUGCUUUCUUCCUCCAGCCCCUUUCUUUACCCCACUCCUUCGCCAUAAAUUCCAUUUUGUCUGAAAAAAGUAAAAAAUAAAAACAUUCAGUGCGGUCAGAGAUCCUUGUUAGCUUUUUUUUUUCUUUAUCCUGUAUGUUGAACUGUCUGUAUUUUCUGUAUUUUAAAAAAACAAAACAAAAAGAAGUGAGACUUGAGAUGCCACACUUUAAAAAGGACAUUUUCUAAAAUAAAAGUAACAAAACCUCUGA